AUGCCCGCCGCGCCGGCCGCGGGAGCAGGGCGGGGAGGAGGCCUCGGACCGACCUGCGGGGCCGGGGCGCGCGUGAGCGGGGCCGGCCGGCGAGGCCCGGGCCGGCGGCGAGGGCCAGGCCCCGCCCGCGCCGCCCUCCCCGCCCGCGCCGCCCGCCCCCGCCGCCGCCGCCGCCGCCGCCAGCCUCACCUCAGCACCGCUGCCACCGCCCCGCCGCUUCCCGCACGGCGCCGCGCAGCCCCGCCGCCCCGCCCCCGGCCAGAGCGCCGCCAUUGGCUGCCCCCCGGCCGCGCAGGCCCAUUGGAGCUUGGGACUUCGGGUUGUUUGCAUACGCCCCCUUCCCGCGGACGGGAGCGGGUGGUGCCUGUGUCUCACUAUCCCGCCAAGGAGGUGACGCUGCUGGGUCCCGGACGACGAAGGCUCCUAGCAAGCUGCGGCCGCUGCUCCCGCAGAGACCCCCGCGAGGGUGGCGAGGCGCCUGGAACUACGCUCUCGGGAGCCGCCCUCCCCGCGGUGGGGCGGGGACCGGGCGUGGCGGGCUGGGGCCGGCCAAUCAGCGCUCGGAGAGGCCCGGGAGCGGGACUUCCGCUCCCGGCGGGGGCGGGGCUGCCGGCGCGACGCUCCGAGCGGUCCCGGGAGCGGGAGUCCGAGCGACUUGCGGCGCGUGGUCGCCAAGGCCCACCGUGCUCGGUGUCGGCGGCGCUCGGGGCGGAGGGCUGCCCAGCUCGGUCCCCAUUGGGAUCGUGGCAGCGGCCCGCGGCCCCCCCGGGUCAGGGCAGGCGGGGCGGGGGUCCCGGGAGCGGCGGCUCCGCGGUGGUUCCCAGGAGCAAUGGGCUGUCGUUCGUGGCGGGCAGCGAUGCCGGAAGAGCCGCGCACACGGCCGAGGGCGCCCUCGCCCCCUCCGGACGGCGACUCCCCAGUGCGGCUGGCAGCACGGGCCGCCCGCGGGGAGCAGCCCUGCCGGAGCCCGCGCGUAGCCUGGCUCGCGCUCGCACGGACGCGGGAAGCCGGAGCGCACGCGGCCGCGCGCUGGGCCCGGGCGGGUCUCGGUGUCCACGCUCCCGCAGGGAUCCGCUCGUGCUCGCGGGGGUUCGGGUUCCGAGCAACGCGGGCGCGUCGGAGAGGUCCGGAGGGGCGCUCUCCGCACGCACCGGCGGACUUUCUCCUGCUCGCGUCUUUCCGACGAGGACGUGCGAACGUAGGACGCCCGCACCCUUCACCGCGGCGAGAGGUCGAAGACCCGUGGGCGAACGCACAGUGGGCGCGGUCCCCCAAAAGGAAGACGUGCUGGUCCGCGCCACGUUCCACUUGGGUGAAACUCCCAGAACAGGCAAAUCCAUAAAGCAAAUUAGUGGUUGCAGGGCCCCAGGGCCCCAUGUCCCCGGUUGCGGACAUGGUCAGUGACUGCGUAUUUGGCACGGGGUUUCUUUCUGGCGAAGCUUGUGAUGGCCAUACUGCUCGGGAAAAUUACUAAAAAUGAUCCACUCGGCAGCUCUCUCUGCCCUCGGUCCUGUCCCCAAGCUAUGAUAAAAACACUUUUUUUCCACCAUAAAACAAAAGUUACUGAAUUGUGUACACAAAAUGGGUGAAUUUUAUAAUAUGUAAAAUAUGCCUCAACAAAGCUGUUAAC